GUGUGUCCGCACCGCCACCUGGGCCGCGGAGCAGGCAGGCAGGAGACAGAGGCCCAGGAGCCAUGGGCGACUGGGGCUUCCUUGAGAAGCUGCUGGACCAGGUCCAGGAGCACUCGACCGUGGUGGGCAAGAUCUGGCUGACGGUCCUGUUCAUCUUCCGCAUCCUCAUCCUGGGCCUGGCGGGCGAGUCGGUGUGGGGCGAUGAGCAGUCGGACUUCGAGUGUAACACUGCCCAGCCAGGCUGCACCAACGUGUGCUACGACCAGGCCUUCCCCAUCUCCCACAUCCGCUACUGGGUGCUGCAGUUCCUCUUCGUCAGCACGCCCACCCUGGUCUACCUGGGCCACGUCAUUUACCUGUCUCGGCGCGAGGAGCGGCUGCGGCAGAAGGAAGGGGAGCUGCGGGCGCUGCCAGCCAAGGACCCACGCGUGGAACGGGCGCUGGCAGCCAUAGAGCGACAGAUGGCCAAGAUCUCAGUGGCCGAGGAUGGUCACCUGCGAAUCCGAGGGGCCCUGAUGGGCACCUAUGUGGCCAGCGUGCUCUGCAAGAGUGUGCUAGAGGCAGGCUUCCUGUAUGGCCAGUGGCGUCUCUAUGGCUGGACCAUGGAGCCCGUGUUUGUGUGCCAGCGCUCACCCUGUCCCUACCUCGUAGACUGCUUCGUCUCACGCCCCACAGAGAAGACCAUUUUCAUCAUCUUCAUGCUGGUGGUCGGACUCAUCUCCCUGGUGCUCAACCUGCUGGAGCUGGCGUACCUGCUGUGCCGCUGCCUCAGCCGGGGCAUCAGGGCCCGGAGGGACCAGGACACACCCCCCGCCCAGGGCACCUCCUCGGAGCCUUACGCUGACCAGGUCUUCUUCUACCUCCCCAUGGGCGAGGGCCCCUCAUCCCCGCCGUGCCCCACCUACAACGGGCUCUCGUCCAGUGAGCAGAACUGGGCCAACCUGACUACGGAGGAGAGGCUGGCAUCUUCCAGACCCCCCCUCUUCCUGGACCCACCCCCCCAGAGUGGCCGGAAACCCCCCAGUCGCCCCAGCAGCUCUGCUUCCAAGAAACAGUACGUGUAAGGGCCUGGGGUUAUGUCACCCCGCGGUGGGCCCGGGGACGUCUUGCUGCCUUUGAUGUCCCCUCCUUGAAGGCUCUGCAGAGGUGAACUGGGGCUAGGGGAAGCAGCUGCGUACUGGGCAUAGGGCCUCGCUGCAUGUUGUUCCUGAACACCUGGGGUCUUCCAGGUGACCAGAGAGCACCACAGCUUCCCCUCCAGAACGCGGCCUGCCCCGGGCACAGACAGAGCCAGCGUGGGGUGCUCUUGGCCAUGGGUGUUUGAACCUUUUGGUCUCUUUCACCUGGUUUAGAGGGACUUGGAGACAAUUUACCCCACCCCCACGGAAGAGUCACCUUUGCCCAGUUGUCCACACACCCUGUUCUCCUAGGAAAAGGCUGGUCGAGGCUGCUGGGUCGGCCUUGACCAUAUACACAGACAGAGCCUGUGCUGGAUCUGGCCCUGUCAAGGGGACCAGGGUCUUGUUCUCAUCACUCCUUCCUAGUUCCACUGUUUAUCCUUCUAAAAUAAACAGGACUUGAUCACAA